AUGACCUCCCUCCUCAACUCACGCUGGGCCCCGGGUAAUGGCGCCAGCAACAGCGCCCAGACACACCACCACCACCCCCACCACCAACCGCACCCCCGCCGCCCCCGCUCCGAGAACCGCAUCCGCAGCACUCCCACCAGCGCACCACACAAUGCACUUCUCCCACCCGCCGAAGAACUAGCGCGCUUCAUGAAAAUCGUCUCGCGGCUGCGCUGGAAACUGCCCUUCCUGGCGGAGGGCUACCGGCUGGCAACGCAGGCGGAUAACAGCCAGGCCGAGGCCGAGGCGGAGAUCAUGUUUAAGAUCGAUUUCUUCGAAUACUACGCGCUGCUGGAGCGGGCGAUUGUGCAUUUGCUGGCUGUGUUUAAUAUUGCGGUUUCUUCGGCGAGGGGGAGGGUACACACCAACGCCAGCACCAAUGGCACUGGCACUGGCACUGGCUACGGCAAUGACUAUAGCAACGGUAAAGGUGCCGGCGCCAGAAGAAACCACCCCCUGGCACCAGUCCUCGGCACCGGCCAUGUCCAUGAACUCCUCCGGCAAGCGAAGGAGCUGCGCAACCGGUGGAAGACGGCGGAUAUGACGCGGGGCGAGCUAGCGCGGGAUCCGGUGGGGGAUCGGGAUGUUGUUCGGCCAUUGGCGAGCUAUGACUUUGAGGGGAUAUUGACUGGGAUUUUUGGGGGGUUGGAGGAGGGGUUUGUUAGGGCGCGCGAACAUGUGGAUUUGUGUCGGAAGCCGGGGGAGGAAGCCGUCGCAGGGGAUGAGGGUUGGGAGUUCAUGGUUGAUGCUAUGGAUUGGGAGGCUGUUUGA